AUGGCAAGCCAAGGAGGCGGCGCGAACUACCUGCACGAGCAGCCCGGUCUUGAAGUGAACCACCACGCCGGCUUGGAGGUGGACCCGCGGUACGCGCCUCGCCCAGAGUCCGAGGGUUUGCAAACUGUAUCGUACCAGCAAGAGAAGGCAUAUACGGGCGCUGGGGCCCUACCAGAAUAUCAUACUAUCACGACGGACGCACACACGGCAGCACUAUCGAACUAUGACGGUCAACCGCCCGAGGUAGUCCCCGCAAAGGAGGGAGCAGGAGCAGGAGCAGGGCCGAAGCGAAAGCUCACCUGGAUCAUUGUGGGCGCCAUCAUUGCCGUAGUAGUCAUUGUCGGCGCCGUUGUGGGUGGAGUAGUGGGAAGCCGGGCGGCCAAAUCGAGCUCGUCGUCGCAUGAUGAUUCGACUACCAGCGGUAACAGCUCGAGCAGCUCGACGACGAACGCGACGUCGCUGGAGAAUAUUCGCCCGUUGUCGAGGAUCGCCGCGACUGGCUGGCGCGACGGCGGCGUCGCGCGCAUACGCAUUUUCUACCAGGGCCCCGACAUGAAGCUGCGGACAUCGUGGUACGCCAACAAUGAAACGUCGUGGUCCGACCCCACGAUCUUGACGGAGCUCGAAUACGAGCCUGGGACCAACACAACCCUCGCUGCCUCGUGCUCGGUUGAAACAACGUCAGCAGUACAAUAUAAAAUGAUUUAUCUCGACGGAAACUCCACGAUCCGGGGCCAUGGAUUCACAGAGGGUCGCAACGACGUGCAGGGUGAGCGUAUGAUUAUAAACGACUACCCAAUCACUGUCCCCUCGACGUCGCGGCUGGCUUCCUACUGGCCUUUCGUUAUGGCGCAAAACGACGGUAAUAACUUCCAAUGGAUCCGGUACUGGGGCGCAAACGGAGGGCCCGACGAUGCGGAUGCAUGGUGGACGAACUCUACGCUCAAUGUGAUUGGGUCUGAGGGCACCGGGAUGGUUGUGGUGCCCUCGUCUGCAUGGUAUCUGGACGAUGGCGGUUUCAUUUAUCGCCGAAGCGAUGGAAAACUGAAGACGUAUGAGGUCGAGAAAGGCAGCAACAAUGUCACCGGCUUGGCUUGGGGUGAUGAUGAACUCUCAUAUGACAUUCCCAGCGACACGGCCAUUGGCAGCUUCGUCAUUGCCCGCCCCGACAACUCCAACAACUACACCAACACGUAUAUAUUAUACCAGGACGAUGACGGCAUCAUCCAAGUCAUGUGGCAGGACGACGAGUCCGGCUGGAAGGGCCCUAGCACCUAUGACGCCUUUAAUGGAGCCGACAUGGGAACCGACAUUACAUGUGUCACUGCCGCCGCGUGGGACGGCUCCGGCAUCGAGGUCACGAGCAACGAGAACCUGAGCAGAUGCUAUUUCCAGGUUAGCAACCAACUUAGGGAAGUGUCCUAUGAUGGGACGGAUUGGACUGAUAAGGGCUAUCUACCCAUAACGUAA